CAAGCCAAGGGCCACCCGCAUCGUUGCACCCGCUAUUUGCCACGCUCCAUGGAAGUAGCAAAGUCAGUGGCCAUUGCUGUCUUGCUGUGUUGCGUAAAAGCUGUGGCUCGCCACAGUGGUGAGGAUGGCGGUGACGAUGGCGGCGAAGAAGAUGGUGGAAGCGAUUCGUUUUCUUUUCAUUUUCGUGGCGGAGUUGGACACCAACCUAUAGGUUGCAUUGGGUUCAUUAUUGCAUGUGCCUUCCUUAUUUGCUUUGGAGUGAAGAAGCUUCGCAGAUACUGGCGCAAAUACCGGCGGCAUCAUGCCGGGGUUUACGACUUGCGCAGCGAGGAGUUGAUCAUUCCUGGACCAGGAGGUCAUGUGGUACUGAAGAGGGGUGCAUCGGUGGCGUUGCUUUGGGAAGGCCACUACAGACGUGGUAGCUUCCAAGGGACGACACGUCAUCGUUGCUUCUACCAUCGUGCGGUCUUUCGCUUUGAUGAGUCGCGCUUGCCCCAGGAUCGCCCAAUGGCUCUUGGUGAGAUGUCGGCAGGGAACCUUUGUCAUAUUGCUCCGGUGGACUGGGUAGGAUGCAUGCCCGCUUCCCCGGAGGAUCUCCGGAACGCGCGGCACGUGCCGUGGGUUCCGGCACGCGAAACGGCUCCUUUACCCGCACACACGCUGACUGAGCCACCGCAGCUACCUGCGACAUCUCCUGCUGCUGCAGGUGUGCAGCUUUCACCAGCUGAGAAUGUAUAAAUAGGCAAUGAAUCGCCGCACGUUUCAUAGAACCACACGUCCAUGCUGUUUGAACGUGUCUUGGAGAGAGUGACAAGAGACCACACAAGCACGGUUCAGGUGCUUCUCAUACAGUCUUGAGAUGUCUUGAGCGCAUGUUGACAGUGCAUGCCACAGAUAUCACCUUUUGGGUGAAGAAAUUUAGGGUUGUUCUGGCUCCC